UAUCAUCCCCCGUAUAGUCCGACCCUCCUGAUUUGACUCCGAGACCCGCCCGACCCCCUCAUCUUCUUCUUCUUCUUCUUCUUCUUCCCACUCCCUCCAACCUGCAGAAAUCCUAAGCUCUGAAUUCCCCAUUUUCUCUCAUUCAAUUAGUUUAGGUGGUUGCCUGCUCCCAAAGUUUAAUGUUAAAUCCUCCUUUGAAAAUUGAAAUUAAUUGUGAGAUUGAGAGGCAAAGGCAGAGGGAAAAUCGAUGGGGAACAAGAUCGCUCGAACGACGCAAGUGUCGGCGUCGGAGUACUACCUCCACGACCUACCAUCGUCCUACAACCUGGUCCUGAAGGAGGUUCUAGGGCGGAGCCGCUUCUUCAAGUCGAUUGAGUGCAAGCACGACGAGGGUUUGGUCCUCGUCAAGGUCUAUUUCAAGCGCGGUGACUCCAUUGAUCUCCGCGAGUACGAGCGCCGCCUCUUCCUCAUCAAGGAAACCUUCCGUGCUCUCGAUCACCCUCACGUUUGGCCCUUCCAGUUUUGGCAAGAGACAGAUAAAGCAGCUUAUCUUGUGAGGCAAUUUUUCUUCAACAAUCUGCACGACCGGUUAAGCACCCGCCCGUUUCUCAGUCUAAUCGAGAAGAAAUGGUUGGCCUUUCAGUUACUUCUUGCUCUGAAGCAGUGCCAUGAUAAAGGAAUAUGUCACGGUGAUAUUAAGUGUGAGAAUGUGUUGGUGACUUCUUGGAAUUGGCUCUACCUUGCUGACUUUGCAUCUUUCAAACCCACCUACAUACCAUAUGACGAUCCUUCUGAUUUCUCUUUUUUCUUUGACACGGAGGAAGAAGGCUUUGUUAUCUUGCUCCUGAGGUUCAUAAAAGGGAUACAGCUUGCAGUCAUAAGAUCCAGCUUGAUCGGAGUGGGUUUGUGAAAUUGAUAAUGUGCCUGCUAUCCUGGUACAAAAUUUGAGCAGUUAUACAAAUCCCAAUGUAGUACGAAUUAUAGUAAUAUGUAUUAGGAGUCAGCUGAGAAGUUUCACUUCUAAUUUUAAGAAAGUUCUCAACAUUACCGUUACUAACCAGUCACAAUAUAUACUUUUGUAAAUAAAUUGUUACAUUAUUAAAUUUCUUCAUACGCCUUCAUUUUUCAGAGAUUUUAUGAGCAUGG